AAAUCUCUUCCAAAUAUUCCCACACGCCUCGAAAGUUCUACACUCUUCUGGUAUUGCGACUUCAUUACACACCUUCCAGAAAAAUCCUUCUCCUUUUUAUUCUCUCUGUUAACCCCAUUACUCAUUGAAUCAUCAUCGAUACCGAAUUCUGAUAAAACCAUUGAAACCAUCGCAUCGUAAACAAUUCAGCAAAAAGUCACAACGCAAGAGAACCAUGGGGGUAGACUACUACAAGAUUUUGAAGGUUGACAAGAAUGCCACAGAAGAAGAGUUGAAGAAAGCUUACAGAAAACUUGCCAUGAAAUGGCACCCUGAUAAGAAUCCCUCAAAUAAAAAAGACGCUGAAGCCAAAUUCAAAGAGAUAUCCGAAGCUUAUGAGGUUCUAAGUGAUCCACAAAAGAAAGCAAUUUAUGAUCAAUAUGGAGAAGAAGGACUUAAAGGGCAAGUACCACCACCUCAAGAUGCUACAUUCUUCCAAAGUGGAGAUGGGCCAACAACGUUUAGGUUCAAUCCAAGAAAUGCAAACGAUAUCUUUGCAGAGUUUUUCGGGUUUUCAAGUCCGUUUGGAGGAAUGGGAGCUGGUGGGAAUGGAAUGAGAGGUGGAGCAAGGUCCUUUGGUGGAAUGUUUGGUGGUGAUGAUCAUAUGUUUUCUUCAUUUGAUGAAGGUAGGCCUAUGCGUCAGCAGGGUCCUCGCAAGGCAGCUGCUAUUGAAAAUAGAUUGCCUUGUAGUCUUGAGGAACUCUAUAAAGGGACUACCAAAAAGAUGAAGAUUUCAAGGGAAAUUGCAGAUGCAAGUGGGAAAACUAUGCCAGUGGAGGAAAUCUUAACAAUUGAAGUGAAACCAGGUUGGAAAAAGGGGACAAAAAUCACAUUCCCUGAGAAAGGAAAUGAGCAACCAAAUGUGAUACCAGCAGAUCUUAUAUUUGUUAUUGAUGAGAAACCACAUGGCGUAUUUACAAGAGAUGGCAAUGAUUUGGUUGCAACACAGAAGAUAUCACUUGCAGAAGCUUUAACAGGUUACACUGUUCGUCUCACAACACUAGAUGGCAGGGUUCUGAAUGUUCCUAUUAACAAUGUGAUUCAUCCUAGCUAUGAAGAGGUUAUUCCAAAGGAAGGUAUGCCUAUUCCAAAAGAUCCUUCAAAGAAGGGUAAUCUUAGGAUCAAAUUCAAUAUCAAGUUUCCAGCAAGGUUGACUUCUGAGCAGAAAAUUGGAAUCAAGAAACUUCUGGCACCGUAGUGGAUCCACAAGCAUCCAUUGUGAAGUGUAUAGUCUUCCAAACCUUAGUUUGAGUUCUUUCACAACUUUUCUUAUAGGAUUUUUUAUUUUUGGUAUGUAGUUUUUGUGUGUAAUUUGUUUCACACCUUCAACAUUGAGGACUGAGGAAUCACAUUUCUAGAGUUCUUAAAA